CACCAACCCACCAAAACCUCCCCACCUUUCCUUCUUCAAGUUUGGGAAAUAUAUAAAAAAGGGGUCGAGCUCCUCCUCUCUGUUUUAUCUCAUUGAUUCUUCUUUUCAUCUGAAACAUUGUCUCGUGUUCCAGCUUGUGAAUUCGAGAUUCCCAAAAGUAGCCCGCAUCUAUCAAUCAGCCCUCCAACAUGUCUUCCCUUCCUCCAGUUUACAUUGUUUCUUAUGCCCGUACCCCUGUGGGCUCUUUCCUAGGCUCCCUCUCUGCCCAGACUGCCCCGCAGUUAGGCUCGCAUGCAAUUAAAGCUGCUCUUGAAAGAGCUCAGGGUGUGAAGCCCUCCGAUGUUCAGGAAGUUUUCUUCGGAAAUGUCCUUUCCGCAAAUGUCGGACAGAACCCUGCCAGACAGUGUGCUCUCGGAGCUGGUCUCAGUGACUCCACGGUGUGUACCACCGUGAACAAGGUCUGUGCUUCCGCGUUGAAGGCCGUCAUUCUAGGAGCCCAGACAAUCAUGACUGGAAACGCCGACAUUGUCGUUGCUGGUGGAACCGAAUCCAUGUCCAACACCCCUCAUUAUCUGCCAAACCUUCGUACUGGCGCUAAGUAUGGUCACCAGACCAUGGUGGAUGGAAUCAUGAAGGAUGGCUUGACCGACGCGGGCAAGCAGGAAAUCAUGGGUUUGCAGGCGGAGGAGUGUGCUCAGGAGCAUGGCUUCAACAGAGAACAACAGGACGACUAUGCCAUCCGAAGCUACGAAAAGGCCCAGGCUGCCCAGAAAGCUGGUCUCUUUGACUCUGAGAUUGCCCCUAUUGAGCUCCCUGGCUUCCGUGGCAAGCCCGGUGUGACUGUCUCUCUGGACGAUGAGCCCAAGAAUCUCAACCCCGACAAGCUCCGAGCUAUGAAACCCGCGUUUAUUCCCGGAACUGGCACCGUGACUGCCCCCAACGCUUCCCCCCUUAAUGAUGGAGCCGCAGCUGUUAUUCUGGUCUCCGAGGCUAAGGUCAAGGAGCUUGGCCUGAAACCCGUUGCGAAGAUCCUUGGCUGGGGAGAGGCUGCGCAGCAGCCCAGCAAGUUUACCACUGCUCCCGCCCUUGCAAUUCCCAAAGCCCUCAAGCACGCUGGCGUAUCUCAGGAUGCCGUGGAUGCUUUUGAAAUCAACGAGGCCUUCAGUGUGGUUGCCCUUGCCAACAUGAAGUUGCUCGGCCUCUCCGAGGAGAAGGUUAACAUGCACGGAGGAGCCGUUGCUAUUGGUCACCCCCUGGGAGCUAGUGGUGCUCGUAUCCUGACCACCUUGCUCGGUGUCUUGAAGGCCAAACAGGGCAAGAUUGGUUGUGCUGGUAUUUGCAACGGCGGUGGCGGUGCCAGCGCUAUGGUGAUUGAGUACCUUGCUUAGGCGCCGAUUGUACUCCGGCCAUGAGCUUCGCAAUGAUGUUAUCCUAAUAGAUAGCCACGAUAAUUUUCUGUUAUGAUGUUAUGUAUCUACCGGAAUGCAUGCUAGGUGAAAUAUCCACCAUGCAUUCGUUGGGUUGGAAAAUUGAUCUAGCUCACGGAAAGUUCCCAAUAUACCAGUUCUUAAAGUCCUUCUUUAGGCGCGCUCCCAAGAGACCUUCCAGUACACCAUGGAGAUGACUGAAUGUGUAAC